GCGUAAGUUCCCACCAAAGCAUUAAAGCAGCAAUGGAGAUGAGAAAGGUUGCCCUUUUUGUUGCCCUCUCAAUGGCUCUCGUUCUAGGGUUAGUCCAGAGCUUUGAGUUCCAUGAGAGGGAACUAGAGACUGAAGAGAGUCUCUGGGACUUGUAUGAAAGAUGGUGUAGCCAUCACAAGGUUUCUAGAGAUCCCUCUGAGAAGCAAAUGCGUUUUAGAUUGUUCAAAGACAAUGCAAAGUAUGUUCUUGAAUUCAAUAAGAAGGAUGCCCCAUACAAGUUGGAACUAAACAAAUUCAGUGACAUGAAUGAACGUGAGAAAAAUGUCCUUAGUGGCUACCGUUUGAGUCGUGAAAGUCGCACACAAUUACGACGGAGGAGAGGGACUGUUGAUGAUAAUUUCAUGUACCACCACAAUAAGUUGAUCAAAGACAUCCCAUCCUCUAUUGAUUGGAGGGAGAAAGGUGUUGUAGCCUCCGUCAAGGACCAAGGCUCAUGUGGCUCUUGCUGGGCUUUCUCGACGGCUGCCGCUGUUGAGAGCAUAAACAAAAUCGUGGCCGGUGAACUAGUGGACCUUUCUCCACAGCAGCUGAUAGAUUGCGUGACUGUAGGAUGCGAUGGUUGUUGUGGAGGGUACUAUGGAUCAGCAUUUGAGUACAUUGUCAACAACAAUGGAAUAACCACUUUGGAGAACUAUCCCUACGCAUUCAAGAAUUUAGAUUGGCAUUGUGAUCAUUUAAAGCAAAAUCUGACUUGUCAGCCAUCAAAGGUGCUUUCUCCUUUGGUAACAAUUGAUGACUUUGAGGAAGUACCUUCAAACAACGAGUCUGCUUUGAAGGAAGCUGUUGCACAGCAACCUGUAUCUGUGAUCAUAGAUGAUUCACUACUCCUCCUAUACAAACAGGGAAUAAUUGUGGAACCCUGUGGGACAAACCCAAAUCACGGAGUGACAAUUGUAGGGUAUGGUACUGAUACUGAAACUGGGCUUGAUUACUGGAUCGUGAAGAACUCACGGGGAGCUGCUUGGGGAGAAAAUGGUUACUUUAGAAUCCAGCGAGGUAUCUCUGCCGAAGAGGGACUUUGUGGUAUAGCUAUGGGAAGCUUUUAUCCCAUCAAAUCAUCAACUGGUAUUUCUUUCAUAAGGGCAGCUGAAUCUUCUCUUGAAGAUAUACACUGAAGGGUGAUGAAGGAGACGUAUGUAAUAUUAUAUUAUAUAAAUAAAUCUAUGUCAAACUUGUUGGUUAUAAGUGUUACGUGCAUGCACGGGUUGGCAUGGCUCUUGCAGGAGAUGGCAAAGGUGACUAGUAACUAUUGAUGUAGUAAUUUAGUGUGUAUUGAAGUAAUUAUGUGUACAAGUUGUAUGGGAAGUUUGUAGAGAAGUAGUGAACAAGGGGGGAGAAGUUAUAGCGAGUUUAUUGGGUAAGUUGUGAUAACUACUUGUAAACCUAUAGGGUAAGCAUAAUAGGAAAGAGAAGAUAGACUUCGAUUUCCUUAAACUAUUGUGUUAAGUGAGGAUAUCAGUUUGCUCUAUUAAGUAAUGAUGUCAGGUUUCAUCCA